UUCAUUUGGUCAUUCGCUUGAUCGGCCAUCUUUGAACGCAGCGAAGCGGUAAUCGCCUAUCGUUCUAAUUCAUUAGCUCUCAUCUAGUACUCCAAAAUGCCYAAGUGCCCAAACUGUAACAAAGAAGUUUAUUUUGCUGAAAAAGUCACUUCGAUGGGAAAAGACUGGCAUAGACCGUGUUUGCGGUGCGAAAAAUGUAAGAAAGUGCUGACAUCUGGAAGCCACGCAGAGGUAAAGGGCCACUGGAUCGUCCAGCUAUUUCUCCAAAAAUACAAGAAAAAUUUAAUAUUCAUCGCAGAACUUAUUGAACUCAAGAAGUGCAACUCCAUAACUCUUAUAAAAGUUACUAUUGCAUUUAACGCUGUAUCUACUUGGAUAGUGCGUGCGCUUGAUGAAUUAAGCCAUAUAUUAACAUUGUUGAAAAGUCGUCAUCGAAAAGAGGGAUUCUACAAGCUGAUCAACAUGCCAAAGUGUCCAAAUUGCAACAAAGAAGUGUAUUUUGCUGAAAAGGUCACGUCAUUGGGGAAGGAUUGGCACAGACCAUGCUUGAAGUGUGAAAAAUGUGGCAAAACCUUAUCUUCUGGUAGUCAUGCAGAGCAUGGCGGCAAGCCCUACUGUAACAAACCUUGUUAUGCAGCUCUUUUUGGCCCUGGUGGUUUCGGCCAUGGUGGAACAGAAUCUCACAAAUACUGAGGUGGCACUUUGAUGAACAACUCAAAGUCUAAUCAACAAGCAUGUUCAU